AUGAAGUUUGUGACCUCUACGGAUACGAGAUUCCAGCAGAUUGAUAGUGCACUUAGGAAUCAACAGGCCUCGAUCCAGAACUUGGAGACUCAAAUUGGCCAAAUUUCUAAGAUGCUUUCAGAAAGACCUUCAGGAUCACUUCCCAACACUACAGAGUCAAACCCGAGGGAGCAUUGCAAGGCUAUCACCUUGCGAUCAGGUAAGAAAUUGACUGGUUCUUCGCCUUUAGCUGAUAAGGGUAAUAUAAUUAUGCAGGACGAGCCAACUAAGGAAGGACCAGACCUUGAGGUGGUAGAUAAUAAGAGAAGGAAAGAAGACAGGCAAAAGAGCCCUGUGUGGGAGCAUCAGCCCCCAGUUCCAUAUCCUAUGAGGUUGAGGCAGGAUAAGGUGGACAAGCACUAUAGUAAGUUUCUUGACUUAUUUAAGCAGCUAAAAAUUAGCUUACCUUUUGUUGAGGCAAUUUUGCAGAUGCCGAAGUACGCCAAGUUGUUAAAAGAGAUUUUGAGCAACAAGAGGAAGUUGGAGGAUCUUGGUCAGGUAGUGCUUAAUGAGAAGUGUUCAGCUAUUCUCCAGAAUAAACUGCCACUCAAGCGACGAGAUCCAGGGAGUUUUACUAUCAUUGUAGAUAAAUUUAUCUUUCCUGUGGAUUUUGUGGUGAUGGAUAUGGAGGGUGAGAGCACUGUGCCUCUUAUUCUGGGUAGGCCUUUCCUAGCUACAUCGAGGGUUGUUAUCGAUGUAAGCGAUGGAAAACUUAAGCUUAUAGUUGAUGAUGAGACCAUUACCUUUGACCUAGCCACUUCCAUGAGACAGCCACUGGACUAUGAUAAUAUUGUAUAUUCUAUUGAUGUGAUUGAUGAUGUGAAGGUAAAGACUUCAUUCGAGGACCAACCAGUCUUAGAACUGAAAGAGUUACCGAGCCACUUGGUUUAUGCCUUCCUGGAUGAAGAGAAGCGCUUACCAGUAAUCAUAGCAGCCGAUCUAACUCCUGAAGAACAAGCCAUGCUAUUGGAAGUUCUAAGGAAGUACAAGAAGGCCUUUGCUUUCAAGAUAGUAAUAUCCCGGGCAUAA